UCGUCUGCAUGUGGAUACUCCUUGGUUUACAUGUGUUUCGAUUUCGCUGAAAACAGAAGACAUAUACAUCCAUGUCAGUUACGAUCUCAGCAAUGUACUGUACCGUCUGCAACGCCGUGUGUCUGCGACCACCUAUCCAAAAUGUGUUAAAAUACACUUAUGUGAAUAUAGUGCAAAAUAAUACGCAUGCGUGAAGCAGCAUGUUUCCCCUUUAGCCAAUCAGCUUAUACUAGAUACCCUGACAUUCAAGAUGGCACCAUGGCCUGAACAAGGCAACGAACCCAAGGCACCUGAUAAAAUUUGUGGUAAAACUGGUGAAAAUGCUUUAUUGGACACAUCGAGAGUGAGUUGCUGUGCUUCAGAUGACGCUGAAGUGAGUGCCACUUUGAACAAAAGUGAUGAUAAACAGGUAUGUUGCCAACAGCGGAGUCUCGACGUAGUCGGAAGGCGAGUCAGUUUUCCCUCUGCACGAGUUGAAGAGAAGAACCCUAAUGUGUCUAACUUGGAUGAUGGUCAGCUGAAAGCUCUGUUGGAUGAAGCGAUUACAUACAAGUGUCCAAAAGAUCGUGAAGGAAAAAGUGAUUUGUUCAGGGAGCUUCUACAGGAAGUAGAGGCAGACGAGAGUGACUCUCGCCGCAGUGGCUGUACCAGUGUUACUUCCGGAACUGCCAGUGUUGCCAGUUCACGUUGCUACAGUGGAAAUCGCCGGAGAGGUAUUCCCUCACGUCGAGAUGUCACUGCUGUUUCUGAGCGUCAGACAAGAGGCGGCUCCCUUCAGAACCUAGUCCACGCUGCCAGUUCAGAGUUCGACACGACGGGCUUCGGUGGGCACGGACCUGCAGGGCGGAGGCGGGGCGCCCGCCAGAAGGAGCAGAGGGCUACCAGUGUGAGUGCACGUCAGCGUGAGGGGGGUUCGCUCCCCAGCAAUGUGAACGUUGGUGGUGACUGUCUCCUUGAGGACAGCCGAAGGCGGCGGAGAGAUCCUGCAUCUGCACCAGUUGAAGACUUGGCGGCAGCGGCCACCGCCCCUGCCAGGUGCGGGGGCGGGCCGGGUGCCAUCGCUAGCCUGCCUGUCUGCCACUCCUCGAGUGAUACUGACAGUACUGCUGUCAGUGAUAGUGUGUGUGGUGCUUCGGAUGGUGGACGCCCUAUUCCUACUUCAACAAUCUCAGACCGACGAGAUAUUGGGGUGGCUGGUGGUUCGGACUGUGAAAUUGGCACAGAGCUGGAGGUUGUGCAAAGAUCAGAGACGGCGCCUCGUGUGCCAAAUUUUACCAGCCACGCCACAUUGGAAGUUGGGGGGAAAAGUAUAUCGAAUCGUGACUCUGAAGUUGACACCACCGUCACGCUUCCACUGGGACUGUUACAGUGGAGCCUGCCGGUUGUCUUGCAGCGGGAGAAGGGCAGUGCAAGUGUUCCUGUGGUAAAUGGUGUCGACCAGAGCCCUCUCCAGUUGGCGUCGUCCUACAACUCCGUUAAGUGCAUCAUGGGUUCAGUUGCUCGCAGUGGCAGUGGUGCCCAGGAGGAACGUACAGUCUCCACUACCUCUGCUGCAACGAAAGGAAAUGACGCAGUGUUGAAACGAUCAGUGGGGGCAGAAGCUGCGAAAUCUGGUGUAGCAAUACAUAACAAUUACCCAAUGCAGAUGCAACAUUUAAGUGUCCUAUCAUUACCACCAAAUACCUGGAUUGCUACGUCUCUUGGAUCAGAGCAAGUGGGGCGAGUGUUCCAGGGCAGUAAGGAUUUCCCUUCAGAUAUAAAGGCUAAAUCUCUUGAUGAGAAUGGUAAUGCAGUGAAUCGACUGGAGUCUGGACAAAGCAAUGAACGGAAGAGCAAAACUCGAAGAACUAAGACAAAUAAUGAGAGCAACUUCAUCAUGUCACAUAACAUUGAAGGGUAUCGAGGUGAUAGAGAUCUGGACACACUUAUUAAGUUCAUAGAGUCUGAUACAGAAGGCAAAGGAAAAGCGAAAAGUUCAUCUCACAGUAAUGGUCCUCUUAACUUUAACAACAAGCAGCAACGUAAUAAUCUCCGCAAGGAUGAGAUAGUUGCUGGAACAAAGCCAAGGAAAGAACAGAAGAGUGCCAACAGCAGUAUAAUAAUUGACGAAGAUGAAGAGAAACCAGCGAAAGGUACUAGAAGUAGCAAACAGAUUCCCAAAGAACAUCGGAAUGGUCCUACUGUUGACAAAAGCACUGAAUCCAAACUAAAGAAGUCAAACAGCAUGGAAGAAAUAUCCAACAGGAAGAUAGAGGAUCUGACAGCUGGUCCAGAAUCAGGUGGUCUUCACGCAGAAAACAUUUCAGUCCAACGUCGAAUGAAGAAACAGACUUUACAAGAAAUUGACUCAGUUGGCCGUACUUCUGGAGUAGACAGACGCUCGUGGGGACCAGAAGACCAUCAAUACUCCUGUAACGAAGCUGCUGUUUCCUCCACAGAUGACAGUUCCUCGUCUCAUCCAGGUGGUGGACGCAAACGUAGGGGACCAGUGAGUGAUGAUAGGCGCAGACCUGAACGUGAUGCGACACCAGCACCAGCUAGUGGCAGUGUUUCAGGAACUGGUGAAGAAACGGGAUUCUGUGUGUUUGAAAGCAAGAAGCGUCGGAAGAAACGACGCAGUAGCAGUGGUAUUCGGAGUAACCCUUCGUCUGGUGUAACGUUGUUUGCUGACGAUGGGAGACGUUCUGGUGGGGGGCAGUAUAACACAACUCAGUAUCCAGCAGUGUGUCAAGGAAGUCGUGAAAGUGGAUACCACCAGAAAAAGACAUUCAAUGGUAACAGUGGCUUUCCUCCACAUGACAGAACAGCUGAUGAUAGUGGUGGCAGUGUUGUGCUUUAUCAGUACCGUCGUCCACGUUCACCUGAACACUGCCGUCGGAAGUCGACUUCCAGUGUACCACCAUCAGAUAAGUCUGACAGUAGUGACUUAGACAGUGUCCAUUCACUACCAGUGUCUUCAACAACUGCGCGUCCCACAUUGGACCAAACAUCGACAUCCAGUGGCUCAACACCUCAGGCGUCGUACGCAGACAUUGCAAAAAUGGCGUCUGUAAAUGUUACCACAUCACAAGGUGUUUACGGGGGUGUUGGUUUUGGUAAUAGUAAGUGGCCAGCAGUGUCUGUUCCUAAAGGAGUUGUUAUAUCUCCUCCGACUACUUCUUCCACAAGUACUCCUAGCAGUAAUCCACAAUUUAUAACUGGACCCAAAGUCAAUAUUGGAGCUCCCCCAGUUAGUGGCUCAAAAUUGGGUAACAAUCCUGCCUCACCAAACUCUAGCAGUGCUAACAGUAGUCACAGCAAUGCAAGCACCAAUGCCCCAAAUAGUUCAACAUCUGGUGACGAUACUUCUCCAGCAUCUAGUGUGAAUCAAGACACUGAUCCUGUUGAACCCUCUGCCAAAUUUUUAAACCCCAUCCCUGAUUCUCGUACGAAAAAGGAUGCUAUGACGAACACAACUACAGAUUUCAAAUUAGUGCCUCCUUACUCGGCUGAAGUAGAAUCUAACCCUAAAACCCAUGCGAAACCACCAGAACAUCCCGUAAACAUUUUACUUGACAGUGAAUAUCCGUCACUGGAGGAGAGCUUGGUGUGUGAUAAAGCGGAACGGAAACUCGGUAAACUUCCUUGUCAGCAAGCUGCUCCUUUGCAAAGUUCAGUAUCUGGUAACUGUGAUUCACUGCCUCAAGGACAGCAGGCAAACUCACCUGCAGCAGGAGUGUGUUUGCCUAAUCAAGUGCCUACAGCAGUGCAAGAUACAAAAGUGUUGAAUACAGUGUUACCAACUGUGCUUCAAUCUAAUCCAUUGCAGAACCAAUCUUGCCCAUCCUCCCAAAAAUCUCCGUGUCAAGACAGUGCUUCACAAGAAGCAAAACCUAACUCCAAUUAUAACUCCAGUCCACAGCCUGAACAACAUACCAUCUCAUCAGUGACUCAAAAUCAUGAGAUGUCUCCUACACCUUGUAUUUAUCCCACACCUGUAAGUCAAAGUACAGUGCCACCUCCAGCAAAACAUAGGUCGGCGAGCAGGAAAGUGUCAUCUGUAAGCUGCCCUCGUCCACCAGUGAUCAUUAUGAAUGAUGAUGAUAGUGGAACAAACUAUGGAGACUCAGCACCAGUGGAAUUGACAUUUGGUUUUGAGGUGAAUGAACAGCUGCUUCUAUUAGAUGGUGAGGAAGCAUCAGGUUCUGAUGCAGUAAAUGACCUGUCAUCUCCACUGGAGAAUGAUGCACAAAUUUCCAAUGAUGAAACAGGUGCAUCUGUGCCAAGAGUUUCCCCAGUGGUUGAUAAGACUGGUAGAGCAUCCAGUGUGGGUGAUGACUUUUCUGCCAGGUUCCGGGAACCUGCUGUCCAAGCUGGAAAUUACGACAAAAUAGUAGAUUUCGUGGGCAUGGCGUGGGAUGAUGUUCUGAAGGAGAUGUCAUCAACAGCGGUACAGUCUGGAGCCAAAGUCCGGUAUUACAGUGGACAAUGAAAAAGUGCAUAUAAGCUGUGAUUUGCUAUAAAAUACAGUGCUAUUUGUGCAUUGUAACUUUCUUUUUUGUGCAUAUAUUUGCGUUUUUAUGUUCCUUAGUUUCUUGUUGCAAGGAACUAAAGGGCUUCAGGCAAGUAACUUGCAUUUAAAACUGUGAAUUUACCAAUAGGAGCUCAUAGAAUUCAACAGUUUGUCACAGAUGAGUGUUAUAGAGGUAUAUUUCAGCAUGUUGUUAUUGUUAAAUAUUGCUGAAAUGUGUGUUUGUACAUGCCGAAGUGAGAGUGUUGGGGAAGUUAAUAGUGAAUAGUAUUUUGAAAACUGUUGUGCCACACUGAAGAGCAAAGUGACAGACUUCACAUUAUUGAGGAUGUAUUUUUUGUCCGUAUCCCAGAAAGUGACUCAAAACUAAGACAAUAAAAUAACACAAAUGAAAAUUAUAAAGUUGCUUUGCUUUGUGCGCCAUAUUACGAGAAACUGGGAAGAUGACUGUUAGGCAGUGGUUAUUCAUUGUGUUAUAUUUAAGCAGCCUGAAGGGGAAUGCAUGUGAUAGUAAGUGAUAAAUUAUCGCGUGUUCUGGGUAUACUGAGAAGAGUGAGUGAGCAGGUUGUGUGUGUGUGUGUGUGUGUGUGUGUGUGUGUGUGUGUGUGUGAUUGUGUGUUAGGAAGUUACCUUGUAACUUUUUGAAAAUGAAAGCAAAAAACUGUUGUUGGCAGUUGUUUUAAAUUGAUUUGUUUGCAUGUUAUGAGUUUAUAGGUUCAUGGACCUGUCGAAUGUAAUCAGUUUGUAUGUACAUAUAUUAUGUGUAAUCGAAAAUGCACAUACCAGUUUUCCUGCUAAAAAUCAACAUUUUUUGUGGAUAAAUGAUCGUGAAGACUUUUGAGUGUGGCAAGCGAAGCUGAUAUUGUGUCAUCAGUGAAGAGGCACACGUUGUGUGACAUCGGCAGCGCUGUCUGAAUGUCACAGCUAACUUGUGUAAAAAUAUACUAGUGAAAUGGACAGCAACAAUUAGCAGUCAGAAACUGAGAUUUGAAUGAAGUGGCUUUCGUGUAUUCUGUUUUUGUUUUUUGCAGAUGUAAGUUAUCUGUGCUUUGGAACCACAGAAGAAACAAAAAUUGCUUUUUAAAGUUGUAGGAACUAUGUUAAAACUGUAUAUGUUAACGGUUGGAACAUGAUGGCCCUCUCCGGAAAACAAAUCACAAAUCUUGUGGUAUCAGACUUUUACAGAAUAAUGAGUUUGAUUUCAUACUUUGGUUUACUUAAAAUAUUUAAUUGCUUAAUACUGACUACCACGACCAAAGUUUUUAAAGACGUUACUAAAUACUAUCUUUGUUAUUACCACAAGACAUGUGAAAUCAUGUUGUUAGUUCCAGUUUUGAGUAAUAAUGAUAAAAUCAUGAAAUUAAGCAAGAUAUAUCCGAUGUUAUAAAUAGCAAAUGGCUUUCGCGACACAGUUAAGCAUUGCCAUCAGACCUUAUAUGUGUGAGUGCUAUCUCACAUCCAGCAGUCUAUGAUACAUUGUAAGUCUAAAAUAAAGUAAAAAAAUAAUGACUGCAUAAAGGCUGUUUACAUCUUCUGCUCUUAUGCUUGAUAAAAGUUUCAAGCUGUCUGAAGAGCAGCAAAAUGUUAAAACAGGCUUUGAAUGGAAAGGUUUACAAACUUAUGGAUCUCAUGUGUACAGAGGGUAGACAUAUGAGAAGUGUAAAAACCUAUGUUUGUAUUGUCUUCUGUAUAUUGAGCCCAUUUUAAUCAUUUGGUUGUUAACCAUACCAGUCUUUAUCUGUUUUGCAAGACAGAAAUAGUAAUUUAUAAAAACGUUGAAGGCUGUUUGAUUCUAAAACUGCACAUUCGAAAACACCCAUACAUAUUCUACAGUCGGUACUCAAAAUUGUUCUUACUGUUUAUUAAAUUUAUAAGAGGAAGAUCCUGUAAUGGACAGAUUUUGAAAACUUAUUUUGGCAUUUUCAGAUAAUUGGCAUAACUUUGUUACAUGCAUUGGUUUCUUUAUUUAUGCAGUAAAGUCUUUGUUCUAGAA